AGGAGAGGCAGAACCCAGGAGCCGGGCGGCGGGGAGGAUCUAGACGCGAGCCCUCGCCUGCCUCGGCACACUGGAAGCCUCCAUCCCUCCCUCCCCACCUCUGCAGCCAUGGUCUGGAAGAAGCUGGGCUCUGGCAACUUCUCCAGCUGCCCCAAUGGCUCCCGCCAGUGGAUAUGGGACGUGUUUGGCGAGUGUGCCCAGGAUGGCUGGGACGAGGCCAGCGUGGGCCUGGGCUUGAUCUCCAUCCUCUGCGCUGCAUCCACCUUCCCCCAGUACAUCAAGGCCUGCAAGACGGGCAACAUGGACCAGGCCGUGUCCCUGUGGUUCCUCCUGGGCUGGAUCGGCGGAGACUCCUGCAAUCUCAUCGGCUCCUUCCUCGCUGACCAGCUGCCCCUGCAGACCUACACAGCCGUGUACUAUGUCUUAGCCGACGUGGUGAUGCUAUCGCUGUACUUUCACUACAAGUUUAAGAAACGCCCCUCUCCCUGGUCUGCCCACAUCAAUUCCAUGCUCUUGUUCAUCGUGGGCAUGACGUGUGUCACCCCGCUGCUGAGCAGCUCUGGCGCCGGGGCUGCCCCGCGGGAGGUCUUCCGGGGGCGGACGCUCCUGUCUGUGGAGCCAGGCAGUAAGCCCUUCACCCGGCAGGAAAUCAUCGGCUUCGUCAUCGGCUCUGUCUCCAGCGUGCUGUACCUGUUCUCCCGGCUGCCUCAGAUCCGCACCAAUUUCCUGCGGAAAUCCACCCAGGGGAUCUCUUACUCGCUGUUCGCCUUGGUGAUGCUGGGGAACACGCUGUACGGGCUGAGCGUGCUGCUCAAAAACCCCGAGGUGGGCCAGAGUGAGGGCAGCUACCUGCUGCACCACCUGCCCUGGCUCGUGGGCAGCCUGGGCGUCCUGCUGCUUGACACCAUCAUCUCCAUACAGUUCCUGAUAUACAGGGACGCUGCCACCUCCUCCGAGCGCCAGCCGCUCCUCCCCAGCUGACCAGGACCCGGGCCAAGCCCAGGAUGACAGGGACCUCCGGAUGUCACAUUCAGGAAGGAAGAAGUAUGGGCAGUGACAGGGCUGCUGACCCUGGACUGGGCCUUGAAGGAAGCUGGGUGGGCCCAGAUCUCCCAACCGCCACCCCCACACCUCCGAAACCUCUGUGAGCUGACUAUUCCUGAAGCCUAGACUGACUGACUCUUCCAGGAGCAGCACGGACCCAGGGGCCAGCCCCCCCACCCCUGCCCACCUUGGGACUCACCGCCCAGGUCUGAGACAGCCGUCCUUGGGGGCCUCCAGGGAGGGGCUGUAGCCAAGACCCUGCCUCUCAGGACUUGUGGCUGCCCCUCAACUCACCUACCUCAUUCUGCCUGCUCACCCCCCGGGGAAGGGCCCCCUCCCUAAGCCUGGUGCCCCCAGCCAGAGAAAUGGUACCCCGUGUGAAGCCAGUUCUGGUGCUCCUUCCCUGAGGUGCUGGGUCUGGGCUGCUCUGGGGAAGAGUGAUGGAUAGGGAUCAAGACCCACCUACAGGUCCCCAGGGGGGUCAGGAUGUGGAAAGGAGCCACGCAGGAGGGGACCGUGUCUGCUGGCCUGCCCCUGCCCAGCAUCCCGGGCCUCUGGAUUCCUGAACCUGCUCCUCUGUAACAGGCCCCACGCCUGGUGGUGGGGACAUGGCAGCAAGAAUGACACUCCAGCAGCGUCCCUGCACCUCGGCACCCAGCACAAAGCAGAAUCAUUAAGGUUCAGACCUUGGUUCUGCAUCUUAGUAUCUCUGUGCCCCACUUACCUCAUCUGUGCAAUGGAAUGAUUAAAUAAAAUGGUGUCCUUA